AUGUCUACUGCAUUGGCGGGCUUGUGCUUAGGCCCACAUGGUGAUCGGUCGCAUGACCUUGAUGGCAAUGUUGUCGUUGGAAUUCCGCGGCUGAUAGAUGACGGCGUCGAAUACCGUGAUGUAUCGUACGACGUAGAAGAAGAUGAUUACGAGGACGCUGAACACCGUGCCCAUGAUGUUAUACAGCAUGAGGAACUUGUAGAGGUCGCUCGGAUUCACGGUGUCGAAGAGGGGUUCCUCGGGUUUAGGUAG